UGCGGAAGCUGUCAUUGUAAUGUUUUCAGAGAUGCUCUGUUUUCAAUGGACAUGCAUGAUAUUUUUGUACACUAACAUCAGACAAGGCACGAAACGUCUCAUUUUUCCUAAGAUAAGAAGUUCUCCAGUUUGCUUCUAUAACUACAACCACUGACGGAAUAUAUAUUAUACAUUUGCUUACAUGGAGUCAAGAGGUUAUUCUGAGUGUGGAGUGUUUUCUCUGAUUUCGCAACCCAAACCGGGCACAUGUGGACAGACUCACCUCCUGGACUGAGCUCAGAUCACAUCAACUUGUCAUAUUGACAAUGGCAGCGGCCUUUGGAGCCAGAGCACUACUAAAUAACCUCAGGUACUCCGUCCAGAAAACGGGGUUCUUUGCCAGAAUCAGACUAAUUCAGAACUCCAAUACAUGUCUCGUCAAAAGAGGGCAGAUUUUAACUCGGAUACCCAAGGUUACUCUCUUAUGUUGGGGAGCAGUGAAUGCAACAUCUUAUGCAGCCACAUGUCAGGAGGCCACACUGGUAUCACACAAGACUGAGAGGAAGUCUCUUGCCAAGGUGCAGGUGCACAAAAUAGUUUUUGUCCUUCACCUCAGUCUCCGUGCAUUGGUGCUUCUCCUAAAAUUUGGCCCCCUUCUCCUCCUCUCCCCCUUGGCUCUUGUGUCUACCCGCUGGGCCUCUCGCUGGUUGGAUGCUCUUCUGUGGGUCACUGAGUCCUCUGGUGCCACUUUCAUCAAGCUGGGCCAGUGGGCCAGCACCAGGAGAGACAUCUUUCCUCAAGAGUUUUGUGAGCGUUUCUCUAGGCUCCAUGUCAAGGUGCGCCCUCACUCCUGGGCCCACACCAAGCAGUGCCUACGGAGGGCUUUUGGGGAAGCCUGGAGGAGAGUGUUUGUGUUCGAGAGCAAAGAGCCAGUGGGUUCUGGAUGUGUGGCUCAGGUGUACAGAGGCUGGGCAAGAGCAGACCAGGUAGAAGAUCCAGCCUUCCAGUCACUAGUGGAGGAGAUGGAGAAAGAAGACCUGCUGGAAGCCUGGGAGAUCCCUGGUCUCAGGGGUGUGACCAGGUCCCUAUUGCAGCUCUGGUGGGGGAGCAGGGAGGACGAGGGCCAUGAGGAGCAGAGUCAUCUACUGGGGCAAGAAGAGACCAGCACAGACCGGAGCAACCUGAUACCUGUAGCUAUAAAGGUGGUUCAUCCAGGCGUCAGGAGGCAGGUGGAAAUUGACCUGUUGCUGAUGAAAGCAGGCAGCUGGCUGCUGCACUGCCUGCCCGGACUCAAAUGGCUCAGUCUGUGUGAAAUAGUAGAUGAAUUUGAGAAGCUCAUGACCAAACAGAUUGAUCUACGUUUCGAAGCCAGGAACUUUGAGCAUUUCCGCAAUAAUUUCCGUGAUGUGGACUAUGUCAAAUUCCCAACUCCAUUACGACCAUUUGUCACAAGGACCAUAUUAGUGGAAACCUUUGAAGAGAGUGAACCGAUAUCCAACUAUUUACGCUCUGAGAUUCCACAAGAGGUGAAACGGAGAAUAGCUCGGAUGGGUGUAGACACACUGCUGAAAAUGAUUUUUGUGGAUAACUUUGUCCAUGGGGACCUUCAUCCUGGUAAUAUUCUGGUCCAGUGCCAGGCGCCUCUUUCUGCUUCCAGUGAUAGUUCUGUUGUCUCUGCGGAGGCCCUUGGUAAAACCACCCUCACUGAUCUGUGGGACACUGUGGUGGUCAGCGUAAGGCCUCAUCCAUAUCCUGUUCAGUUGGUGCUGCUGGACGCUGGCAUUGUAUCCCAGCUUAGCGAACACGAUCUUGCCAACUUUAAGGCCGUCUUUACAGCUGUGGUGAUGCGCCAGGGUGAACAAGUGGCUGAGUUGAUUCUGAAUCAUGCUCGAGCUAAUGAAUGUCAGGAUGUGCCACAGUUCAAGAAGGAGAUGGCCCAGCUGGUGGACCAUGCCCUCAGUAAUAAGCUUUCUCUAGGCAAGAUCCAAGUUGCUGAUUUGCUCUCUAGAGUCUUCAGUCUACUCAUUAAACACAAGGUGAAACUGGAGAGUAACUUUGCUUCCAUUGUUUUUGCCAUCAUGGUGCUGGAGGGCCUGGGCAGGUCCCUCGAUCCCAAUUUAGACAUCCUGGAGCUGGCCAAGCCUAUGUUGCUGAAGAACUGUGCCUCACUGCUAUGAUGCGCACAUGCAAACUAGGAAUAACACUACAAGACAAGAAGGGCAGACGAGCACAUUGGAAAGAUGUACAUAAGCCAGAAUGGAUCUCAUCAGUACUGGCACCACUACCUUUUAGCAGGUUUGUUGCCCAAAAGAACAUAUUGACUUUUACAUGGUGUUGAUUCCAUUUUCACAAUUUAAAUGUUAAGGUCCAUCAUACUGUAUGUGGUAGAAGUAUAUUUUCACAAAAUGAAAUCUUGAAGUGUUAUACCUUGUCAGCUAUUCUGUACAUGUGGCAGCAGUAGUUUAUUGAGCACUAAUGGGUGAGUCAGAUACAUCAGCAGACACACAGAUGGCAUCAACGACCAUUUGUAGUAAAAGAAAAUAGUGGGAAAAUCCCUGGCUGACAUUUAAAGAUAGUAUAUUUAGGUUUUAAUGACUAAUAUUGAUCUCAGGACAACUUUCAUCACGCCGUCCUACAGGACGUUUGAGAUGGGCCAUAUUAACUUGUGUGUGAAUCAAAAUGUACUGGAACAUUUGUUCUUACACACUUCAUCGAUAAUGUUCUGACAACUGAACCAUGUCUUUUUACUUUCCAUUAAUAUAGUGGAACCAUGUGUAUGAAUUAUACGCAUUCAUAAUAAAGGGAAUAUGCACUAACUGAUGUCUUUUCUUUGUUGUAAGACUGACUGACGCACUGUAAAGGCAGAAAAUGCACUACAUGAAGGGCACCAAACAAUUAAUUUACAAUUUUAUUAAAUCUGUCAAUGAAAAACACAGACAAGAGACGCGAUUCUGUCAAUGUCAUUAGGAAGAACAGUCAGCAUGGCUGAAAGAGUGAGAUCAGGAGGUUUUGGUGCAGAAAAAUUCAUCACAUACCCUUUAUUGCAAAACUGUUUUUUUCCAUCACCAUCAAGAGCCCAAACAGAGCAGCACUGUUCAAGUAAGGAGGGAGGGGAGAGGUGACAACUGUGUAAAAAAAAAAAAAAAAAAAAAUCUCAUAAUUAUUAUAAUUAAUAAUAAUAAUAAUAAUAAUAAUGACAAAAGAAAUAAAAACAUCUCUAAUAGACAAACACAAUCACCUCAGUAUAAGACGAGAUUCUGUCACGGUCACAACAACCAGAGAAAAGUUCUUUUCUUUUUUUUUCCUCUUUUUUUUUACUGAAUUAAAUAGUUUUUAAAAAUAUCUCACCAUUUACUUAUACUCAUCUUUUUUAUUUAUUGCGAAAAAUAGGCAACUGGACUAACUAUGAUGAUGCAAGUUUUGUGUGUGUGUUUGUGUUGACAGAGAAAUAGAGGUUAAGUGGAGAGAGAUGGUGGAACGUCUUGGAGCGUUGGCACUGAGAGCAGCAGCAGUGUGGCAAUGCGAUACUCUCAUACAGCCACUAGGUGGCACAGUUCAGUCUGAACAUUCCUCCAGGGCCUGAGCUAUGGCGGCCCGUCCAACUCUAUUAGAGGAAGUCAAGUUCUGCCAACAACAGCCUCUGUUUUUGGAAUGAUGCUUGUGUGUUGAAACUUUGUCCACGGUCACUUAUCUGCGUUGCCAGAUCUCAGUUCUAUGUACAAAGGUUUCAAAUCCCUGAAGGACAUCUACAAAGACAAGUGCAACCUCCAUGUGACCAUCCCCUUUCAGGAGAUGCUCAGGGAUCAAAGGGUUCCUCUACAGGAAGAAAAAGGGGGGGGGAUAGUACCAAUGAAGAUCUGGUAAACGUGCCACAGCAGGACUAAACAGAAAUGUUCUGAGAAAGGGAGUAAAAGUCAGGAAUGAUGGUAGAGGAAUAAGAUCUGGGAAUGUCAACAGAGAGGGGAGGGGGGCUUAAGAUAUGAGAUGACUUCUUCAGAAAGGGCACCAAAAAUAUCCUAACAUAAAUUCCUUCUAACAGAAUGUCCAGGAGGGGUGACAAAACAG